CCAUGAUGAAAGCGACCAGCAUUAUACUCGCAGCAGUCCCCGCUUCACCAUGAGAGUUUACCGGUAGAUGCGUUCUAUCACGUUUGUAGAGAUGUAACAUACUCGAAUUAUUGCAGUUUUUUGCUGAAAUGAGGAGUUUAAGUCAGUCGCCUGUACGAAGUGUGCAGACGACGCUACUAUGUGGCAACAGCGAGUGAUUUAAAGGGGGAGACAGAAUCAGAUGAAUUUCUCGGAUAAUUCUGUCAAUGAAUGCCCCAUAAUGGAGUCGAUGGGGUUUGAAGAUUACCUCCCCGAAAAAAAUGAAACUGGCUCGAACUACUCUAGGUUUGACAACAUUCCGAUCGACAAGUACAAACAGCCAAUGUACAUCAUCAUCAUCUUUGUAGUGAUCUAUGUCGUCGUGUUCUUGCUGUGCAUUGUGGGUAAUCUCGUGGUGUGUUAUAUCAUCGCGAGAACUGCGUCACUGCGAGAUGUUACCCACUCCUUCAUCUUGAACCUUGCCGUGAGUGACCUCCUAGUCGGGGUGUUUUGCAUCCCGUUCACGUUGGUGGGCCACAUAUUCACCGAAAACUACCUCGGUGACGUCAUGUGCAAACUCAGCCCGAUGCUGCAAGGCAUGUCGGUAGCCACGUCUGUUUUCACCAUGACUGCUAUUGCCUUCGACAGAUACUGUGUGAUUGUCCACCCGGCACGUGACCGCCUGACUGUCCGUCAGACCGUGUACCUGAUAAUCGCCAUCUGGGUUGCCGCCGCCAUCAUCAUGGCACCACAGGCUUUUGUCCGCCGUGACGAGUCCUUCCACAUAGGAGAGCUGACCCUGUUUGUGUGUGGAGCGUUCUGGCCAUCCCCGAUGCUGCGUAAGGCGUACAGCGCCUUCCUAUUCGUCAUCUGUUACGCAGCACCUGUCCUCAUCAACACCUUCCUGUACGGCAGAACGGGCUUCAAGCUGUGGAUGACCAAGUCAGCUGCUGCGCCCAAGGCAUGCAGUAACCAGACUGAGCAACGAAGCCGCAUCAUCAAGAUGAUGGUGAUCAUCGUCGCCGUCUUCGCCAUCACCUGGAUGCCGCUCUACAGCUGUUGGCUAUUGGAGGACUUCGGUCAGCUGACCCACGACCAAUCAGCGAUGCUGCACAGCUACAUCUACCCGAUUGCUCACGUGAUGGCUUUCGCCAACAGCGCGAUGGAUCCGUUCAUCUACGGUUUGUACAGCAGCAACCUGCGCAGCCGCGCUGCAGAGAUCUGCUGCCACAAGAAGGCCAAAGGAAACCGGUUAGCUCGUGACAGCAACAAUGCCGAGAAGAUGGCAAUGGACAUUGUUUGCAAGCCUCAAUCACCUCCGAUAAACCUCCCAGUGAUGGCAGACAAUACUGUCAUACCCAACUGAUCCCACAAAUAAAGAUUGCACUAUCCCACCAAUAAAGGGAAGAAUGUGAAAUGUAUUUUACA